AUGCCUUCUGUGAUUUCUCAAACAGCAUCAAAGAAAAAUGGCUUACCAGAUGAUAUUUUCGAUUACAAUCAUGACCAGUUUUAUACUAUUAUCGAACAAACAUAUGGUGUCGAUCUUGCUGAAUUAAUUAGCUUCCAGUCCAUUAGAAAUGGUGAACAUCUUCUUCAAGCCUCAUCUGAUGAUAUUCUAUUGAUCUUACGCCAAGAUUCGGACGAUCUUAGUGCAUUGAAAAAAAUGUGCUGUUUUCAGGUGGUUGGAAAUAAUUAUGAAAUCAAAUUGGGUGUUAAACUAGCUGUUAAUAAUUUAAUACAUUCAUUGAAAAUGAAACAAGAGCAACAAAAAAAGAAGAAACGUCGUCCGACUCAACGUCUACCUUCUUUAGCUUCUCAUCUUGAUGUUACAGCAGUUACUAACCAAACACAGAUGCAAGACGAAAUAUCUUCACCAGAAUCUUCAUUACUUGGAUCAUUAGCUAGUAGAAAAGUAUCAGAUGAGUUACAAGAAAUUCAUGUGAAAGAAAACUCGAAUGAAAUUCGCCAUCAAAUUGAUAUUGAACAACGAAUUAAUAAAUGGUGGUCUAAAGCUAAUGAAGAUGAAGAUUUGUCUCUGGAUGUGGGUAUAGACUAUUCUUUGGAAAUAAAUAAGUCAUUAAAUAAUACAUAUGCUUGCAUUUUGACAUGCAAAUGUGGAGUUCGUUUCAAACUACCAUAUCUUAUGCCGGGGUUGUUCAAAUUGUCAGCCUUCUAUCGACACAUAAAAGAAAAACAAUGUGUAAAAGUUUCGAAAACAGGACAUCAAAAAGAAGAUGAUUCAAUUAGUAAUAAUAAUUUAACGACAAGUCAUUCAAAUUCAUCUGAUCAUUUUUCCAAGCCUUUAAGUAAAAAAUCACAGAACAAUAAAGCAUCAACACGUACAAAUUCAAAACGUCUUCGAUCACCAUCGAUACAAACAUCUUCAACCAAUAAUGAUCCUAUUGUCAAGAAGAAUCGACCGUUGCCGUUAAAUACUAUUCUCUUAAAAAAACUCGGUUUUGUAACUGUUGAUGGAAAUUAUCAUCUUCGACUUGGUUGUCAAAAUUCAAUUGAACGUUUACUGUUAUUAGUAAAAUCAAAGAAACAAGCACUUGAUAAAAACUUUGAUUUAUUAGAUAAUAAUGUGGAAAAUGAUAUUGUAAAAAAGCUAAAAGGAUUAUUCAAACACAGACUUGAUACAUCGAAUGAAAUUGAUGUUCCUUUUCUUGUACCAUUGAUUAAAAAUAUUUUUGAAAAUUUGGAAAAAAUGAAAAACAAAUACAGCUAUGAUUAUCUUAUUCAACAAUUUGCUUUGUCGUUAUUUAUUCUUGGUGGAAGAAAUUGUUAUGAGUUUGUCAGAUUAAAUUUACCUGGAGCAAUACCACAUAUAUCAAAUAUACAAUCAUUAACUAAAGAAUGA